AUACUCAACUCCAGGAACUUUUACCACAAAAUGAUUUUAAAUCAAACUCAUUUAUCUAUUAUUUAUUUAAUAGUUAACUUUUUAACAAUUUAUAAUGUUCAUAGUAAAAGGUUGGAUGGAAAUGAUGAAUUCUCAAGUAAUGAAGCUGAUGAAUUUAAAGUAUAUUCAAGAUCUUCUUCAAGAUGGAAAAUCCAUACGUAUUUCAAGGAUAAUGACGACGACUAUCAAAAUGCUAAUUUUAACAAUAGAGUGAAUUUCAAUAGAAAGCGUAUUUCAGUACCAGGACAAAACCAUACAAAUCCUUCUGGAAAAUUUUCAACUCCAGAAGAAUGUGCAAGACCUUGUGAAGCAAAUACCCAACCGUUGACUUGUUAUUACCACUGGACUUUUGAGUAUUAUCAUACAUUGGGUGGGGCUUGUGAAUUAUGCCAACCAACAACAAAUACAUCAAUAUACAGCGAUUGUCAAUGUAUUGAAGCUGAUGGUGUAGACUUAUCGGGUAUUAUCGUAGCUAAUAGAAUGUAUCCAGGGCCCGCCAUUCAGAUCUGUCUUGGAGAUUUAGUUGUUGUUGACGUCAAAAAUAUGGUUCCUGGCAAUGAGAUAACAAUUCAUUGGCAUGGAAUUUAUCAAAAGAACUGGCAGCAUUAUGAUGGCGUACCUUAUCUUACUCAAUGUCCUAUACCUGAAGCUACGACAUUCAGAUAUCAAUGGAGAGCUCAGAAUAUCGGAUCACACUUCUGGCAUGCUCACACUGGUCUUCACAAAGCACAGGGACUUGAUGGUGCUAUUAUUAUUAGGCAACCACGUCAAGAUGAUCCCAACCAGAAGCUUUAUGAUGUUGAUGGGUUAGAUACUAUCGUAUUUCUCUCUGAUGUUUUACAUCGAAGUCCCGUAGAUCAUUUCCCGGGAACUACUUAUAAAAAUGUUGGCCAAGUUCCUGAUAAUUUCUUGAUAAAUGGAAAAGGACAAUGGACGGAUCCUGUAACUGGUAACAUUACUACUACACCACUGGCAGUUUUCAACGUUCAGCAAGGACUACGUUAUAGAUUUAGAAUAAUUAAUGCCUUCAGUCUCGGCUGCCCAGCACACUUAAUUAUUCAAAAUCAUAAUCUUACGAUUAUAAGUGUUGACGGAGAAGAUGUUAGACCACAACUUGUUACCACGGUGACAACUUUUUCUGCAGAACGUGUUGAUGUUAUUCUUAAUGCAAAUCAGAGUAUUGGAACUUAUUGGAUACAAUUGCGAGGUUUGAGUGGAUGUUCUAAUCAUAAUGUUCAACAACUUGCCAUUCUUCGCUACAUGGGUUCGGAUCUUUCAACACCGUAUGCCAAUAGACCUGUUCACACUCCUGGACUUCCUCGAGGAGUUAUUUUUAAUGAAGUCAAUCACGUUUGUGAUGAUGAUAGUGACAAUAUGAUAUGUAUCAAAGACUUGCAAAGCUCUGAACCAGUUCAUGAAAAAAUUCUUAAGAGAAAGUCGGAUGUUCAAGUAUUUUUAGCAUUUUCUUUCUAUGUUUAUGACAAUGAAGAUCUAUUUAAACCCAAUACAUACCAGCGAUUCGUAGUUCCAAAACCUCAUAUGAGUCUUACAGCAACGGUCAACAAUAUUUCAUAUAUCAAUCCAUCCUCUCCACUUAUCAGUCAACUUGAUGAUGUUCCUCAAGAUCAAAUUUGUAAUUCAACUAAUUUACCAGCUCGUUGUUUAAAUAUGACUAUUUGCCCAUGUACGCACGUCGUUCACGUGCCAUUGGAUGCGGUUGUUGACAUCAUUUUGAUUGACGCAGAUCCAAUAGGAAUUUCACAUCCCUUCCAUUUGCAUGGUUUUGGCUAUCAUGUAAUGGGCCAAGGUCUUUUAUCAAAUGUAAAUUUGUCAGAAGCUAACAAAAAAAUUGCUCUUGAACUUGAUAGAAAGGCAUAUCCUCGUACUAAUAAUCGACCACCAACGAAAGAUACUCUAGCCAUAGCAUCCGGUGGUUACACCAUUGUUCGUUUUAUUGCUGAUAACCCUGGAUGGUGGUUUUAUCACUGUCAUUUUCUUUCGCAUUUAUACAACGGCAUGGGUUUAAUUUUCCGUGUUGGUGAACAAGAAGAUCUUCCGCCUACACCAGAAAAUUUUCCAAGGUGUGGAAAUUAUGUUCCUGAAGUUAACACAUCCACUCCAAAACCAAGGAAGAAAUUAAAACAGUAUCAAAAUAUUUAAAAAUAAAUUAUUGUCAGUUUGUAUUUAUUAUAGUAAUUAAAAAAUAAAACAUAGAAAUAAUAAAGAAAAAA